UAAUAAUAAUAAUAAUAAUAAUAAUAAUAAUAAUAAUAAUAAAACAAGUUUUUAAUAGUAGAAGCGGAGUAGCACUUUUAUUAAAACAGAAAAAGUUCUUCUUCUUCCUUGAGCUCUGCGGCAACCAUUGUGGCAACUUGGAAGCUAUAUAUUUGAGCCCAUUUCCCUCCCUCUCUUACUCCAUUCUCAACUACAUUGUUCCACCAUCUAUUCUCUCUCUUGCGUUCGGUUUCGAUUUGGGGAUUUUGCUGCGUACACUCCUCACUUCAAUAUUCUGGUUUCGAUUUGGGGAUUUUGUUGCAUCAUCUUCAUACAAUACUUCUCAUUUCAAUUUUCUGAUGGGUAGCAUUAGCCACAACCAAGUCACAGUCUCCAUAUGCUUCAAAAUUAUACUUGAUGUGCUCGUCUUCAUCGUAUCUCAAGUCGACGGUCAAAACGCUCCCCACCAACUAAAUAUCACGUUCAUAGCAGAUGCCAUAACAAAAGGGGCCGUCUGCUUGGAUGGAACCCCUGGAGGCUACUAUUUUUCCAAGGGAUUUGGAGAUGGAAUCAAUAGUUGGAUGAUUUAUCUACCGGGAGGAGCAUGGUGUGCUACAAAUGAAGGAUGCCUCAAUAGAAGCAGCACAGAUUUUGGGUCCAACAAAAAUCCUCAUGUACAUUUACCUUUGGGUAAUUUCCAAAGUCCAAACAAAACAAUAAAUCCAGAUUUUUAUAACUGGAAUAUUGUCGAGAUCCGGUACUGUGACGGUGCAUCAUUUAUGGCAGAUGUUGAAGCCGUCAACCUGGAAACAAAUCUCCAUCUAAGAGGCCGGAGAAUCUUCACCUCUGCAAUUGAAGAGCUCAUGAGUACUCAAGGAAUGAGUAAUGCUGAAAAUGCUUUACUCAUAGGAAACUCGGCAGGUGGGUUGGCGACGAUCCUAAAUUGUGAUCGUUUCCAUUCUUUACUACCCGAUGCAUGUCGUGUAAAAUGCAUUUCAGAUUCUGGCUUUUUUAUUCGAGCGGAACAUCUCCGUGGAGCUCAGGACAGUGCCACAGACUACUUUCGCAAAGUAGUUUUAUUUCAUGAAUUAGCCCAAUUUCUACCGGAGUCAUGCACACAAAGACUUGCUCCAGAAUUGUGCUUUUUCCCGGAAAAUGUGGUCAAUGAUAUCCGGACGCCGCUGUUUUUGUUAAACUCCGAUUUUGACCAAUAUCAAAUAUGGAAAUAUGUAGCACCAAAUUCGCCUAACGAAGUGGGUUGGAAUAAUUGCACUACAGAAUUUAGCAAGCUUUCAAGUUGCACAGAAAAUCAACAACAUAUCAUAAUGGAUUUUCAGACCACGUUUCUGGAAACAUUGGAGAAACUAGAUGAUAAUCCAUCAAGAGGAUUAUUCAUCACAUCGUGCUAUACCCAUGAUUUUAUUUACAAACCAUCCAAUUGGCAAAGAAUACCGACUUUGCAAAAUAAGACAAUUCAACAAGCCUUGGGUGAUUGGUAUUUCGAAAGAAGCAGUGUUUGCCUUAUAGACACUCAAAAUUUACAUCCAAUUAACUGCCCGAAAUAGUAUAAAUCCAUUAAGUUUAUCUAUUUUUUCAUUGUAAGUAUAUUUAAAUUUGUGUUUAAGAAAAAUGUUAUCUAUCAAGUUAAUAUGGGUGUCAUUCAACUCAUUUUAUCAAUAUCAGUAUUAUUUUAGCA